AUGAUAACGCCAACUGUGGUACUUGUGGCACAGUUUGUGGCACUGGAAAAUCCUGUCAAAAUGGAAAGUGUGGAUGUGACGCUGGUACAAAUGAUUGCAACGGAACCUGCAAAAACCUUCAGACUGAUAACGACAACUGUGGUACUUGUGGCACAGCCUGUGGCACUGGAAAAUCCUGUCAAAAUGGAAAGUGUGAAUGUGACGCUGGUACAAAUGAUUGCAACGGAACCUGCAAAAACCUUCAGACUGAUAACGACAACUGUGGUACUUGUGGCACAGCCUGUGGCACUGGAAAAUCCUGUCAAAAUGGAAAGUGUGAAUGUGAUGCUGGUACAAGUGAUUGCAACGGAACCUGCAAAAACCUUCAGGCUGAUAACGACAACUGUGGUACUUGUGGCACCGCCUGCGGCGGAGGAAAGACAUGUCAGUCAGGGCAGGAUCUCCAGAAUGAUAAUGCCAACUGCGGCCUUUGCGGAACAGUGUGUGGUACCGGACAAUCCUGCCAGGCUGGGAAAUGCACCUGCCCCACCGGAGCAACUCUUUGCGCUGGGGCUUGCAAGAAUGUGCAGAACGAUAAUAGCAACUGUGGUUCUUGCGGAACAGCGUGUCCUUCGGGUAAAAACUGCCAGAAUGGCCAAUGCGUAUGCCCUUCUGGAUUGGCUUCGUGCGGCGGAACCUGUACGAAUAUACAGAAUGACCGUAACAACUGUGGUGGUUGCGGAAUAUCCUGUCCAUAUGGACGAUCCUGCGUUAGCAGUCAAUGCGCGCGUGCUGCGGCCUAACGUGCACUAA